AUGCCAUUGAAGCGACCGAUUGCACAUAAACCCACACGACCCAAGAAAACACGUAUAGUGUAUUCCGAGUCUGAAUCCGAUGAAGAAGAUUUUCAACCGGCAAAACCAAAAACAAAGAAACGACAAAUUGUUGUUGACGACCACGACGACGACGACGACGACGACGAUUCUGAUUUUAGCGACGAGAAGAUAGUGACAACUGUUAAAAGGCCAGCUUUAAAAACAAUUCCCAACAAGAGUUUUCAAAUUGGUAAAUUCAUACCCUUAAAUAGACCAAAAUCAACCUACGAUGCCAAGUCUGCCCUCAGUAAAAAGUUCAAGGUGCCAACCAUGACUAUCCCGACAACAGUAGUGAACACAGAAGGCAUGAGCAAGAAGAAGACUGCUUCUUUGAAGGCUGCAGCCAAUGCGAUCAAGGAAGCAGCUGAAGCAGAUAGUAACUUUGGAGAAAGAAAGACUCUGGGAAUUCGAAGACGACCAGGUUCAAUGCGAGCACUAUAUGACCAUACAGCAGAAGAUGCCAUUGUACUUUGGGAUCCCGAUCGUGAUCAUGUCGAACCUGAAGAAAUUAAAAUUUCAACUGAUAAACCCAAACCCAAAGGAAAGUCUUUAGCCGAAAUUCUGGGUUUGAAAAAGGAAGAGAAGAAGUUGGUACAUGUGGUGGUGGAUCCGGUCUUGACAAGAGUGCUUCGACCUCAUCAGGUUGAAGGUGUCAAGUUCUUGUAUCAAUGUACCACAGGUCAAGUACAUCCUGAAGCAAUGGGUUGCAUCAUGGCUGAUGAAAUGGGUUUAGGAAAAACGCUUCAAUGUCUUACUCUUUUAUGGACCUUAUUACAACAAUCAAACCACCUUGGUAAACCAACUAUCAAUAAAGCAAUCAUUACGUGCCCCUCCAGUCUUGUAAAUAAUUGGGCCAAUGAAAUUGUGAAAUGGCUGGGGGAUAACCGAGUAAGACCACUUGUGAUUAGCGAUGCUAAAGCCAAGGAUAAAGUCAGUGCAGUGAAAAGAUGGGGAGCUGCUCAAGGUCGCAUGAUUAACCCAAUUCUUAUCAUUUCAUACGAGAGCUUGAGAGUAUAUACCCCUUACCUAAAGAAUUCGCCCAUUGGUCUCUUAUUAUGUGAUGAAGGACAUCGAUUAAAAAACUCUGGCUCAUUAUUAUUUGAAAAGCUAAAUAGUCUAACCGUAACGCGUCGAGUUAUUCUUUCCGGUACACCCAUCCAGAACGAUUUAAUUGAAUACUAUUCUUUACUUGACUUUGCAAAUCCUGGUUUACUAGGCACCAUCCAUGAAUUUAGAAAGCAUUAUGAAAGGCCAAUUGCACGGGGUCGUGAUGCCGAUGCCACGGACAACGAAAGAAAAAUCAGUGAUGAAAAAGUAGCGGAAUUCUGGAAAAUUGUAUCCAAAUUUACCAUUCGAAGAACUAAUGAUAUCCUUACUAAAUACUUACCUGUGAAGUUUGAGCAUGUUGUGUUUUGUAAAUUAGCACCCUUGCAACGCUCUUUAUACGAUGUCUUUCUGACUUCACCGGAAAUCCAAAAGAUUUUACGAGGUCAGGGCAGUCAACCCUUGAAAGCGAUCACGAUCCUCAAAAAACUGUGUAAUCAUCCCAACUUGUUGAAUUUACCUGCGGAUUUGGAAGGCUGUGAAAAGGUCUUGCCUGAGGGUUACUCGACAAAUCAAAAAGUGGAUGCCUCUUUUUCGGGAAAGUUUAUGGUGCUUGCACGAAUGUUAUCCAAAAUUAAAAAGGAGACCAAGGAUAAGAUUGUUCUGAUUAGUAACUAUACACAAACAUUGGAUGUAUUUGAGAAAUUCUGUAAACAAAACCAGUACGGUGUACUUCGAUUGGAUGGUACCAUGAACACAAACAAGAGACAAAAACUAGUAGAUGAAUUUAAUGAUCCUGAACGCGAGGAAUUUGUGUUUUUAUUAAGUAGUAAAGCAGGUGGUUGUGGUCUCAAUUUAAUUGGUGCCAACCGACUUGUCUUGUUCGAUCCUGACUGGAAUCCUGCAGCAGAUCAACAAGCUCUAGCACGUGUAUGGCGGGAUGGUCAAAAGAAGGAUUGUUUUAUUUAUCGGUUUAUUUCAUCGGGCACGAUCGAAGAAAAGAUCUUCCAAAGACAAUCUCACAAACAAUCACUUUCAAAUUGCGUGGUGGAUGAGGCAGAAGCUGAAAGACAUUUCUCAGUGGCAGAUAUGCGACAACUAUUCUUGCUCCAUACUAAAUCUGAAUGUGAAACUCAUGAUACUUUCAAAUGUAAACGUUGCAUCAAAGGUAAACAGCAUUCACCAGCAGACGUAAUGAACUAUGGUGACACAAGCACGUAA